AUGGCACUUGACGAUGUGUUGGAAAAAAUAGUCAGAGAGCAUGAACAAGCUACAAGAGAACAAAAUGGCCAGAGUCACGUCGACUUCGUACACAUAAUGCUUUCCUUGACACGUCAACCUAUGGAUUUGUACGACGACCAAAACAGUGUUAUUGAUAGAGACCACCUCAAGGCUAUGUUAGCAGAUAUGAUUUUUGCCGCAACUGACGCUUUUGUCAUUGUGGUUGACUGGGCUCUAUCUGAACUCUUGAGAGAUCCAAGAGUGAUUAAAAAUCUCCAAAAUGAGCUACAAAAUGUGGUUGGAAUGAACAGAAUGGUGGAUGAGGCUGAUUUAGCAGAGUUAAGUUACUUAGAUAUGGUCAUUAAGGAGACUCUUAGGUUGCGUUUGAUAGGAAGCAUUGAAAAUAAGGGAUUGUGA